GCGCGUAGUCGACUCGCUCUUUAAAGCCCUGGGCCGACGGUCGCGGAAGGCGGGAAUCAAACCACACGCUCGCUUUAAACUUUACCGCUACACCAAGGCUCAGGCACCAACCUCUAGCUCAUAGCUGCUAUUUGCUCGCAAGGCUAAAGACAACAACCGUAGUCACGUAAGGGAACCUCUAUUCACACCACCUUUCGGGCAGGAGCACUCAGCACAAAGUUGGAGUGUACUCCUAACAUCUGAUUGCACCAACUCAAGUACAUCCGCUGGCUCCGACAUGAAACUUGGUCACAUAACCCUGGACCUGGAUACAUAGCUACGCUAUCUGCAGGCCAAGCUGCUGUCCCUGGGCUGUACCUGUUUCAACAUGCCUUACGAUCUCACAGUUGCUAUCCCGACCCUGGUUGGCAGCUUGCUGUCAGCUGUCGCAACCUCUUGCGUUCUCAUCUCGUACAUUGUGUACGCUGAUCAGCAACGGUCUUUUCGUCACGCACUGGUUCUCAACCUUGCUUUGGCUGAAUUCAUUAAUUCGCUGAACAAUUCAAUAUCUGGAAUCUAUGCGAUUGUGAACAGGGGUAAUAUUGCAGAGGGUCCAGCAUGUAGCCUCAAUGGUUGGGUAGGUCAGUGGUCUGUUCAGGCUGCCGACUUCUCAAUCCUAGCUAUCGCUGUCGUAACACUCCUUACGAUCACCCGCAAGACUUACAUGCCAAAUGCCUCCCUUUUGAGCAAGGUCCUCAUUUGCGCAUCCGUAUGGGUCAUUCCCACCAUCACAGCGACUACAGCCGCGGGACUGGAGGAACUGAAACCUGUUAGCGGCAAUUGGUGCUGGAUAUCCGGUAAACGUACGGAUUUACGCUACGCCUUAGGUCACGGUUGGAGGUUCAGCAUCAUCCUCGGAACCAUUGGGAUCUACAUCUACAUCUGGGUAUAUAUGCGACGACACUUCAUACAGCUACACAAUCUCAGCGGAGGAAGAUCUUACGGCCAAGGAAGCUCUAACAAAGCUGCCAAACGCCGUACUUUCCACAGAGAUAAUGCCAUUGAGUUGAGGAGCGAGUCGCAGACGGAGCUGCACGAGAUUAAUGUCGAGUACCGCUAUGAAGUCAAGCAUUCUGAAGGGAGGAGCGGUACCAGUCUCGGAAAGGACCUUGACAUUGAAUCCUCGGUGGGCGACAACAGACGCCCUAGCGAAACCACACUUGGCUCGCCAUUGUCACCAGUAAGCCCAUACAUCAAGGAUCCAUCAGCCUUGACCAAAGACUUCCCUCCUGCGGACAGCGUACGAAACGUCGCAAUAGCCAUGCCCGGAAGCAGUGCCAAAGUCGCGAUCUCUGGAGCCUACGAGUCCGGAACCACUCCCCAGCGCAAUGGAGCCAGUCCUCGGGACCUGGAGCGAGAGAUUAAGAGAAUGCUACUGCUAAACGCAUAUCCAGUGCUGUACAUUAUUUUGUGGUUGCCUGGUAUUCUCAAUCGCCUGGUGGAAGCUUCAGGUCAUUCGAGCUACCCAUUGGCUAUUCUACAGUGCUCCACACAGUAUAUCGGUCUGGCGAACGCUAUCACGUAUGGGUUUAACGAGCAUUUGAAGACGACGGUCAGGCGGGACUUAGUGAAGUGGUACAGAAAUAGACGGGGAAGAGCACAAUUAUCAUCAUAACUCGUGAACAAUAAUAACUGCACGAGUUUAUAAUGUUAACGUCACAUACUAUCUUGCCCUGCUUGCAGUGAGCGGUGAGAGUGCGGCCUAGCGCAAU